CGGGAGGGAGACCGGGAAGGAGGGAGGAUGAACCUGGAGCGGCUCAGGAAGCGAGUGCGCCACUACAUUGACCAGCAACAGUAUCAAAGUGCCCUGUUUUGGGCUGACAAAGUAGCUUCACUCUCUCAUGAGGAACCACAGGAUAUCUACUGGCUGGCCCAAUGUCUUUACCUAACAGCUCAGUAUCACAGGGCAGCACACGCCCUUCGAUCACGGAAGUUGGAUAAGUUGUAUGAGGCAUGUCGCUACCUUGCAGCCAGAUGUCAUUAUGCUGCAAAAGAGCAUCAACAGGCCUUGGAUAUUCUUGAUAUGGAGGAGCCAAUCAACAAACGACUUUUUGAAAAGUACUUCAAGGAUGAAAGUGGGUUGAAAGAUUCUACCACAGACUGGGAGAUGUCACAGUCCUCAAUCAAGAGCUCUAUAUGCCUUUUACGAGGGAAGAUCUAUGAUGCUUUGGACAAUAGAACCCUGGCAACUUACAGCUACAAAGAGGCCUUGAAGCUGGAUGUUUACUGCUUUGAAGCAUUUGAUCUUUUAACAUCACACCAUAUGCUGACAGCACAGGAAGAAAAAGAACUCCUUGAAUCUCUACCUCUUAAUAGACAAUGUACAGAAGAAGAGCAGGAAUUGCUUCACUUUUUAUUUGAAAAUAAAUUGAAAAAGUAUAAUAAACCCAGUGAAACACUGAUUCCUGAAUCAGUAGAUGGUCUUCAGGAAAACCUGGAUGUGGUAGUAUCCCUAGCAGAAAGGCAUUAUUACAAUUGUGACUUCAAAAUGUGUUAUAAGCUUACUUCAGUAGUGAUGGAAAAAGACCCCUUCCAUGCAAAUUGUUUACCUGUACAUAUAGGGACACUUGUGGAGCUUAACAAAGCAAAUGAACUUUUCUAUCUUUCUCACAAACUGGUGGACUUGUACCCAAAUAAUCCUGUGUCAUGGUUUGCAGUAGGAUGCUAUUAUCUCAUGGUUGGCCACAAAAAUGAACAUGCUAGAAGAUAUCUCAGCAAAGCCACUACGCUGGAGCGAACCUAUGGCCCUGCAUGGAUAGCAUAUGGACAUUCCUUUGCAGUGGAGAGUGAGCAUGACCAGGCCAUGGCUGCGUACUUCACAGCUGCACAGCUCAUGAAAGGGUGUCAUUUGCCUAUGCUCUAUAUUGGACUGGAAUAUGGUUUGACCAACAACUCCAAGUUGGCUGAACGAUUUUUCAGCCAAGCUUUAAGCAUUGCACCUGAAGAUCCUUUUGUUAUGCACGAAGUUGGAGUGGUAGCAUUUCAAAAUGGAGACUGGAAAACUGCAGAAAAGUGGUUCCUUGAUGCACUGGAGAAAAUCAAAGCUAUUGGGAAUGAGGUAACAGUUGAUAAGUGGGAGCCUUUAUUGAACAACUUGGGACAUGUCUGCAGAAAACUCAAGAAGUACGAUGAAGCACUGGAAUACCAUCGCCAGGCUCUGGUGUUGAUCCCUCAGAAUGCUUCUACUUACUCUGCCAUUGGCUACAUACACAGCCUCAUGGGCAAUUUUGAAAGUGCCAUUGACUAUUUCCACACGGCCCUUGGUCUCAGGCGGGAUGACACAUUUUCGGUCACAAUGCUUGGCCACUGCAUAGAAAUGUACAUUGGUGAUUCUGAAGCCUAUAUUGGAACAGAGAUCAAAGACAAAUUAAGAUGUUAUGACUUUGAUGUACACACAGUGAAGACAUUAAAGAACAUAAUUUCACCUCCCUGGGAUUUCAGAGAAUUCGACAUAGAAAGACAAACUCUGGAUGAAAGUGGCAUAGUAACAUUAGAGACAUCAAAUCAAAGGAAAAGUACAGACACCAGUCGCCCAUUGGAAGAAACAUUUGAGAUUGAAAUGAAUGAAAGUGAUAUGAUGUUAGAAACAUCAAUGUCAGACCAUAGUACGUGACCAUAAAUACUGGUAGAGAGCUCAUUUUGUCUAAGUGUACUAUGUUUUAGCAUUUUUGUUAUGGUGUUGUACUUUCAUGAAUUUGCUAUUUUUUAUAUGAAUUCAAACUACUAUGUACUUAA